UCGGGACCUAAACAUUUAUAAGCACGUAACAGUUUCAUUCAAAUUCAUUUCUACGAUUGAAGCUGAACAGUGUGGUUGCCGUUCAGAAUAGGUACAAAAAGCUGAGAGAGACAACCAUUAGCCAUGGAUCUAGCUCACCGUGUUCGGAAUAUCCAGAUUCGGGAUAACCUGCUCUUAAUCAAAGUUUAUUUGAUAAGCGCAUUUCAUUUCUUUCGGAAAUAUGUUAUAUAUAUCCUGUCAUCAUUCGAACCUACCUUGCGACCUGGUCAGCCACGAUCAACUGACGUCGGUAUUGACUAUAUCUGCCUAGAGUGGGACGGUGUUGAGAGAGAUGAUGUCACCCACUAUGAGAUUCGAAUGAAGUUAGCUGGUGAUAAUUCAUGGCACAAGACUGUUAUUUCUACGGAGGAUAGGCGGCCAUCCCAUCGUUUUAGCGAACUUUCACCGGAUUCCGGAUAUGACUUCAUGUCAAGAGCUGUGUAUUCAGACGGCAGCAGUAGUGAGUUUGGCUGCACGAGCGCGGAAAUAAAAACGAAAUGCUCAGAGCUGCACACUCUCCUGAAAGUCUGCCGAAAGAUAGACGAUGGACCACCCAGCGUCCACAGACUUCCACUUCGGGAAAUACGGGAAUCGGAGGACAACGUCAACAAGACACGGAAAUUCGUUUUCGGGACAUCGACAUAUAUUCGGGAGAAAACGAUACUGAUGGUUGGCCCAAGGGAGGCUGGGAAAACUACUCUUACAGAAGGACUCGUCAACCAUAGUCUGGGAAUAAAGUGGGAAGACAACUUCAGAUUCACAAUCACUGAUGAAAACCCUACCAAAAAGGGGUCACCUACCGAAUGGAUCAAUUGCUACAAAGUACAUCCCAUUAUGGAGCAUGCUGAUUUCAUUUUGAACAUAGUCGACACCCCAAGCUUUAAUGACGAAUCAGGAUCAACCGGAAGUAACCAGGAUCUGCUGAAACGCCUCAAAGGUUUCUUAUCCGCCAGAGGUCCUAAGGGUUUGAAUCGUGGAAUCGACGCCGUAUGCCUCGUCAUACCAGCCAAUCCCGUCCAGUAUAACGGUAUAGACGUGAUUUUACAGGACAUAUUUAACAGCAUAAUGUCAAUUUGUGGAGUCAACAUGCUGGAGAAUGUCAUCCCUAUGCUAACGUUUGCUGAUGGAAAGGAACCGUCCGUGUUAUCCAUCCUCUCAUCAGUUGGUGUUCCAACACAACAUCGCUUUGUCUUUAACAGUUCAACACUCUUCCCUCCGUACUCUAACGACGCUCAAUUGGGUAAGACCUUAUGGCAAUUCAGAUCCAGAGGAUAUGAAGAGUUUUUAGAGCAUCUUCCGAACAUGAAACCCAGUCGAGUACUCGAGAACAACCCUAUUACACCAAGACCAGACACAAAACCAGUUGGACAAGAAGAGAUUAUGACCCAUUUACAGGGAAAUCGCUUGGAAAUUGACGUCAAACUUAUGGAUCUUGCGACGGUGAAGGCUGACAAAGAUACCUUGAAAAAGUUUGCUGUAGACAUAGAACUGAAUAAAUCGUUUUCAUUCGAGGAGGAAAUUUACCAACAAGAGAACAUUCCACUGGAUCCCGGCACACAUGUUACCAACUGCAUAUUGUGUCAUACCACUUGCCACUAUCCCUGUCAAAUUCCGGAUAACAAAGAAAAAAUACGCUGUUCAGCUAUGGCCAAUGGAAACUGCACAGUUUGUCAUCAGAAGUGUAUCUGGCACAUGCACAUGCACGACCCAUUUAGGAUAGAAGAAAAAAUGGUAAAGGUGACAAGAACGUACGAAGGCCUCAAAGCAAAAUAUGAAUUUGGCAUGCAAGAAAAUGUACCGGCAGACGCGAUGCAACUUGCCAUCAAAAGGGCCUUUGUGUCUUUACUGGAGGAAGUCAUCUCGUUGAUUUCAAAAACUGUUAAAACUAGCAACGACUUGCAAGGAGUUCGAAACACUGAACAAGACUUUGUCAAGCUUAUGAUUAACACAGAAGAACAGCAAAAGAAAGCUGGGUUCGAGAAACGCUUGGAAUUGCUUCGUGCUAUCCAAAAUAAUUCUACGGUUUCCGUUUCUGACCCAAAUGCCUGGCUGCACGAGAUGGGAUUCGUCGACUGGUAAAAAUGACAUUGGAUAGACUAAUUGUCAAUAUCGUGUUGCUGCCCAAAGCCAACUAAUAUCAUUGGCAAUACAUUGACCGAUAUUUUAAACUAAAUGAUAAUCAGAAGUUCUUGUUGAUAGUUUCGCGAUAUCAUUAUCAUCUUGGAAAGCACCCCCGUGUUGAUAUGAAGUUGAUGUAAAACUUGAAUUUUUCCGGUGCAAAAAAAGGUAAAGUAAUUUACUUUUCAAUUAAUUUUACUGCUUCAUUCAACACCUUAAUUCUAACACUGUUUUUAUUUUUUAUUAUCAUUUUCAUUAUCAUAAUGAUUAUUUUAUCUAUUGUUAUAAGAAUCAAGAUGUUGAACUUAUAAUGUAUGCCUUUGUUUAAAUGUGAUAUAUCAACAAAUACAAGACAUUAAUAACACCAUGCUCAAGUGAACGUAUAGAAAACCUGAGAGUUGAUUGAUAAUAAAUAAUCAAUUAUUUAUUCAUUUUCAAUUUAUAGAACAAAAGAGAAGAUAAAACUUUUGCAGGGUGUUAAACGCGUACGUUUGUUAGGUUUGGUUUUGUAUAAAAAUUUACUUUUGUAAACUCUUGUUUUCAUUUUACUAUAAUUACUAUUUGUCGAAGAUGGAGCUUAUUUUGGUUACCGUAGCUGUAGAAAUAUAGACAAAUAUAUAAUCACCUUUGAUUUCUGAGUUAAACUUGGAGUAUAAACAUGUGUGGGGUAGGUAUAAGCUCCCAUAUAUUCCCUUCCAAAUUGAUGUAGACUUAGUUUAUGAUUUUACUGAUUUUGUUUCAAAGCAACGCAAUGAGAAACAACCAUGUAUGUACAUUUUUAUGUAAAAAAAGAUAGUAUAUAUCACCUUAUUGGCUUAGCCUAUUGGCAAUUUCCCUUCAGCUUAGUAGUAGAAGGUUUGCCUUAAGAGCGAGAGGUCGCAAGUUCGAAGCCUCUCACGUGCAGGUACUUUUCAUUGUUCCUUCCUUUUAAAUAUAUAUAUAUAUAUUGUACUAACUGUACCAAAUUGCUGUAUCGUUCUGAAUAAUAAAGUUUAUACUAGAUUCA